AUUUGUGUUUUUCUUUGUUUGUGACGUCUAAAGUUCGUAAGCAGUGCUCAUGUGUGUUAUUGAUAACCAAAUUGACAAGCGCAUAGAAAGCUGAUCUUAAACUUCUGUUUUUAAUCAUGCUCUUCUCCCAGUCUUGGGGUUUAAACUGCCUUAUAUUUCCCAUUUUAUUAUGUGUUCUUUUAACUGGCAACCAUGGAAUGACUGUCAACACGGACACAAAUGUGUUGCCUUUUCCCUGGGAGAAGAUGCGGUUGCCAGAAACAGUGAAACCCCAGCACUAUGAGCUCCUGAUAAACCCCAACCUGACCUCGCUGACCUACACUGGUGUUGUCCAGAUCCUCGUAGAGGUAGAGCAGGACACCAGAGCCAUCAUCCUCCACAGCAAGAACCUUCAGAUCUCUAAAGCACAGCUUUUAGAGUCCAGACAUCAUCGAGAUCUUCAAACCAGUGAGUUUGAAGCCAAUGAACAGAUUGCACUCUUUGCGGAUGGCUUCACAUUUGAGAAAGGAAACCAUUUGGUGCGUUUGGAGUUCUACGCCAACUUAUCAGACAGUUUUCAUGGCUUUUAUAAAGGCAGAUACACCACGAAUAGUGGGGAGGUCAGGAUGUUGGCGUCCACUCAGUUUGAGGCGACACAUGCUCGAGCCGCCUUCCCUUGUUUUGAUGAACCUGCGUUCAAAGCCAACUUUACCAUCCGCAUGCGCCGAGAAUCAAGGCACAUCUCCAUAUCCAACAUGCCCAAGUUGAGAACUGUAGAGCUGGCUGACGGGCUCCUGGAGGAUCAUUUCGACACGACGGUGAAGAUGAGCACCUACCUGGUGGCCUUCAUCAUCUGUGACUUCCACUCCAUCAGUAAAAAGAGUCAGCAUGGAGUUGAGAUAUCCGUGUAUACGGUUCCUGAGAAGAUCAAUCAAGCGGAAUAUGCUCUGAACACCGCCGUCACACUGCUAGACUUUUAUGAUGAUUAUUUUGACAUCCCGUAUCCACUUCCCAAACACGAUCUUGCUGCGAUCCCAGAUUUCCAGUCCGGUGCUAUGGAGAAUUGGGGUCUGUCGACGUACAGGGAGUCCGGUUUGCUCUUUGACCCUGAGAAAUCCUCUUCCUCUGACAAACUGGGCAUCACCAAAGUCAUCGCCCAUGAACUAGCCCAUCAGUGGUUUGGAAACCUGGUGACAAUGCAGUGGUGGAAUGACCUGUGGUUAAACGAGGGCUUUGCCAAGUUCAUGGAGUAUGUGUCCGUCAACAUCACCCACCCUGAGCUGCAAGUGGAUGAUUAUUUCCUGGAGAAGUGCUUCACCGCCAUGUCAGUGGACUCUUUAAUCUCCUCACACCCCAUUUCCACCCCAGUGGAGAAUCCUGCGGAAAUCAGCGAGAUGUUUGAUGACGUUUCCUACCGAAAGGGAGCGUGUAUCUUGAACAUGCUGAGGGAUUUCCUGACCCCAGAGGCUUUCAAGCACGGUAUUAUAGACUACCUGAAGAGACACAGCUACCAGAACACCGUCAAUGCUCACCUCUGGGAAAGUCUUACCAAUAUCUGCACUUCUGAUGGACUGGACUCGGGGAGACUUAAACUCGAUGGAUUCUGUUCCAAAAGUAGGGCUGAAUCUCCAGCUUCUAAAUGGUUCAUGGAGGACAGUGUUGACGUCCGAGCCAUCAUGGACACCUGGACACUGCAGGAGGGGUUUCCUUUAGUCACGGUGGAGGUCAAAGGUCAAGAGGUCAUCCUCAAACAGGAGCGCUAUCUUAAAGGAGAAAAAUCUUCAAGUACGUCAAGCUUCCUGUGGCAGGUCCCUCUGACUUACAUCACCAGUCACAGUAGUGCAGUGCAGCGAUUCUUGCUGAAAAGUGAAAAAGAUGUGCUGUACCUGUCAGAGAAGGUGGAGUGGAUUAAAUUCAAUGUGGACCUGCGGGGGUAUUAUAUUGUACACUAUGAGUCGGGAGGCUGGGACGCUUUGAUCACUCAACUCCAGCAGAACCACACAGUGUUCAGCAGCAACGACAGGGCCAGUCUCAUCCACGACAUCUUUCAGCUGGUCAGCAUAGAGAAAGUCCCUCUGGAUAAAGCUCUGAACUUGAGCUUGUACCUCAGUAAAGAGUCUGAGAUCAUGCCAGUGACGCAGGGCUUCAAUGAGCUGGUGCCGCUUUACAAACUCAUGGAGAAGAGAAACAUGGAGGAACUGGAGAACCAGAUGAAGGGUCAUUUAGUGAAGUUAUUCAAGACACUGAUUGACCGUCAGCACUGGUCUGAUGACGGAUCUGUGUCCGAGCGGAUGCUCAGGAAUUAUCUGCUGUUGUUUGCCUGUGUCCGCCGUUACCCGUCCUGCGUCAACACCGCCACUGAGCGCUUCCAGAAGUGGAAAGAAUCUGAUGGCAAACUGUGGCUGCCUGCCGACGUCAGUUUGGUGGUCUACACUGAAGGAGCGCGCACGGAUGAAGGUUGGGACUUCCUGUUGGAGAAAUACAAGCGAUCCGCCUCACCAUCGGAGAAGUGGAUGAUUAAAGCCGCCCUCGCCUACACUCCAUUAACUCACAAGCUUCAGUGGCUCUUGGAAAGAAGCAUUGAGGGAGAGAUAAUGAAAACUCAAGACCUGCCGUCACUGGUCGUCACUGUCAGUAAAAACCCAAAAGGCUUCAAGCUCGCCUGGGAGUUCAUGAAGACCAACUGGGGGAAACUUGUGAAAAAGUUUGAUCUGGGUUCUUCUGCAAUAUCUCGCAUGGCGGUUGGAGUGACCGAUCAGUAUUCCACCAGAGAAAUGCUGGAUGAGGUUCAGACUUUCUUCAGUUCACUAGCGCAGGAUCAGGGCUCCGGGCUCCGCAGCGUCCAACAGGCCCUGGAGAAAAUCCAGCAGAACAUCCUCUGGAUGGACAGGAACGUCCCACUACUGAAGGCCUGGCUGGACAUGCAGUCAGUCCAGGAUUGAGUCCUGACAACUCUAGAGACUGUGUGUGUGUGUGUGUGUUUGUAACUCCAGACUGCACCUAGCUUCACCUUGACAAGGGCCUUCACACUGGAAGUGUGUUUGAAUCAGCUCUGAUAUCAUAAUGUUAAACAUGGACAUUUGAAUUGGCUGUAAUAAAAUGUGUCUAAAUGUGAAAUGUUUAUGCAAAAUAUCAACUUAAUUUAAGUA